GGACUCCCUGGCAGCGUGUGCGCACACGCCCGCACGCACGACGCAAACCCCUGCGCUCUUCGCUUCCGGUUGCGGCGGCCUCUGCGCCGCCCAACCGGAGAAUCCCCUUCCAGCGGGAUGCAGCUCUGAGAAGCGGCGGACUUCGGGAGGCGCCAUGAACCUCCUGCCGUGUAACCCGCACGGCAACGGCCUGCUGUACGCCGGCUUCAACCAGGACCACGGUUGCUUUGCAUGUGGGAUGGAAAACGGAUUUCGAGUCUAUAAUACUGAUCCACUCAAAGAAAAAGAGAAACAAGAAUUUUUAGAAGGAGGAGUUGGCCAUGUGGAAAUGUUAUUUCGCUGCAACUAUUUGGCUUUAGUUGGUGGUGGGAAAAAGCCGAAAUACCCUCCCAACAAAGUGAUGAUCUGGGAUGACCUCAAGAAGAAGACCGUCAUCGAGAUCGAAUUCUCCACAGAGGUCAAGGCAGUGAAGCUGCGGCGAGAUAGAAUUGUGGUUGUCCUGGACUCCAUGAUUAAAGUUUUCACGUUCACACACAAUCCCCACCAGCUGCAUGUCUUUGAGACCUGCUACAACCCUAAAGGCCUCUGUGUCCUGUGUCCCAACAGUAACAACUCCCUGCUGGCCUUCCCGGGCACCCACACGGGCCACGUGCAGCUUGUGGACCUGGCCAGCACCGAGAAGCCCCCCGUGGACAUUCCUGCUCAUGAGGGCGUCCUGAGCUGCAUCGCUCUCAACCUGCAGGGAACAAGGAUCGCCACCGCCUCGGAGAAGGGGACCCUUAUAAGAAUAUUUGAUACUUCAUCAGGGCAUUUAAUCCAGGAGCUACGAAGAGGAUCUCAAGCAGCCAACAUCUACUGCAUCAACUUUAACCAGGAUGCCUCCCUCAUCUGUGUGUCCAGUGACCAUGGCACAGUGCACAUCUUCGCAGCUGAGGACCCCAAAAGGAACAAGCAGUCUAGUUUGGCGUCAGCCAGCUUCCUUCCAAAAUACUUCAGUUCCAAAUGGAGUUUCUCCAAGUUCCAGGUCCCCUCGGGCUCUCCCUGCAUCUGUGCCUUUGGGACAGAGCCAAACGCAGUCAUUGCCAUCUGUGCUGACGGCAGCUACUACAAGUUCCUGUUCAACCCCAAAGGCGAGUGCAUCCGGGACGUGUACGCACAGUUCCUGGAGAUGACCGACGACAAGCUGUGACCAGCGUGCCCGCCACCCAGCGCCCCGCAGAUGCCUGGGGCUGGUGCCAGUGCCCCUGGGCCUCGGGGAGAAGGGGCUGGAGGGACUCUCAGGACUCGGGUCUCAGAGCCAUCCCGGGCUGUCUGCCUUCCUGAGAAGGCUCCCAUUUCCCGUAUUAAAGAAAAUAAUCAUCCAGGCACUGCAGACACUCGUAGCUCGGAAGUGCGUGCCCACCGCUGCCACCUUUUAGUUAAGCUGUGACGAUAGUGAUAGUGGCUCCACCCGUCCUCACACCAGCAGAGGCUGCUCAGAGCCUGGCCUCGCUGGGAGGAGGCAGUGGAGUUCAUUCCCGCAGCAGAUCCCAUGGUCUCCCUGAGCUCUCGGUGGGCCGAGCAGGUGCUCGCAGGGCAGAAGAGCAGCCCGCGCCCAGGGACACCUUGUGCCCAGCCCUUGGUAGAGCCUUGAGGGUGUGCAGAGGCCCCGUCCUCAGGUUCCAGAGGGCGCGGCUGGCUCCUGGUUACGGUUGGGUUCAGGCAGUUUGCCCACUACACGUAGGGAAUGAAGCAAUGCAGAGACUUUGACAGUGAAAGGAGGCGCCGUCACAGGUGAAAGGGCUUCUCCGCAGAGGGCCUGGUAUGUCCUUGGGGCCCCCGUGGUGUGAGGGAGAUGCCUCAGCCGUGUGCCUGCCCCUUCCUCCACCUCCCCAUCCUCUGUAAGUAGCUGCACACUAACAUUUUGGGAAUGAAAGGCACAUACCAUUUUUAAAGAUUUGAUAACUAAAAUAGGUUAUGGGCUCCACGUUGUCCAUGCUCCUUGAGGUAUAUAUUUUAAUUUUUCUCAAUCCCUUGAAAGCUCAAUUUCAUGGUUUUGAUUUUCAGGCUGCAAACAUGUAGAGUCUGCAUCACAGCAGGUCCUCAGUUCUGCCUUCCUUAUGUUGUGUAACCAACUAACUUCAUACGUGGGUUUUGAUGUCCAAGAUGCAUGUUGCCUUUAUGUGUAUUUAAUCAUGAAAUUUAAUUUUGCACUUAUUUGUACUGUUU